AUGCCAACAAUUUUCCAACAUUCAAUGCUUUUAGCUGUCUUAAUCUGGCAUUCAAUCGCUCUUCCGGUUGAUAUCGGAAGUAAAGCGUCAUUGAUGAAUCAACAGAGUGAGCGAUCAUUGAUAAAUCAUAAAAUUUCCGAUAUCUACAAUACAGGCAUUCAUUUUCUACAAAAUAAAACAAAAAAUGAAAAUAAAUUACGCCAAAAACGAGAUGGUACUGCCAGUGUGGAUAUUGCAGCUGUGCAAGCAACAGUCAAUGAUCAGCGAAUAAUGAUUGAUGAUCAUAGAACAAUGAUUGACGACCAUCGAACAUUAAUAAACAAUUUUUUAAACACUACGAGCAAUGAAAACAAUAUAAAACAAGCUGUUGCAGAACAUCACUCAAGCUCACCUCCCAUAUGGAAUAGCUGGCGGGAUAUCGGCCUAGUUCUCUUACUUUUUCUCUUAUUUGUUUUAAUAUUUUAUUUUUGCAUAUGCCACGUUAAAUUGAAACCGUGCGAUUAUUUGAUUUCAUGCAUUUUUAACCGUUAUGCAAAACAUCAAAACAAAAAUCAACAAAAAGAACACAAUCACCAAGAGUCUCACCUUGCAAUUGUACCAAACAAAGAAAAUAUGCAUCAUACCUUGAAACCAAUGAAUCCACCUACAUAUCCCAAUUUACAUCUUACAACAAUUGAAGACAUUUAUGCAGCGUGUCGUCCUAAUGGUCACCCAGCUACUUGA